AUGAUAUAAAUUUUACUACUCUAUAGUAUAAUAGUGAGAGCGUAAAAAUUACUUAAAACUCUUGAACUCGAUGUAAAUAAUAAAAUCUCAGGAAUAAUCAAUGUAGAAAAGAAUGAUGAAAACCUUUUAAUAGUAUUUUAAUUUGAUAAAUCAACUCACCCUAUAGCAUUAGUUUCUUAGGAGGAAAUUUCAGAUUCAGAUUUUAAUACAACAAUUAAGCCAAUAUUUAUUGAAAGUACAAAGGUUGUUUUUUUUGAUUAUGAAUCAAUUUAAACCCAUUAAUCCAUUCAUUUGGUUGAAAUAUAAUAUGUGGAGAACAUAUACUAUUAUGUCAAAGAUAGAUUUGGGCCAUUUAAACUGAAAAUAUAAGUUUAUUCGAAACCUCAUUCUAUAUGCACAAACAAUUGUUAAGGAUUUUAGGUCAAUAGUAUGAAGUAAAGUUCUAGGUGUAGCACAAAAUGUGAAUGUGAAUCUGGAUACUUUGGAUCAUAUUGUUAGUUUGAAUUAAUAAAUAUAGAAUAAGACGUAAAUUAUAAGAUUCAUUUAAUUCCCCAUAAAGCUGUGUAUUUAUCAUUUUAAUUGGAAUAAGAAGCCAUUUUAAUAGCAGAUGAUGUCAUUGAUCCUAUUACUGCUAGUUUUGGGGUUCAAGGGAAGAAAGGUUUCGAGAUUCCAGAUCAAACAUCCUAUACUGCAAUUCUCCACAGCCAAUUGAGUCUGACAAAAUUGAUUCAGAAUUUAAAAUUUCAGUUUAAGGAUGCUAAAAUAUUGAUCAUUGGAUUGUAUUGCCGAAAAGAUUAAACCAUAAAUGUUGUCCUUAAGCAAGAGUAAACUCCCUCAAUAUGGAGUGGUAAUUGUUUGUUUCUAGCCUUUGCAUCUUUCAACAUAAUUGUUAUAAUACUUUGUUUUGGAAUCACAAAUCUAUGCAGACACAAAGAGAUUACAGUGAAAAAGAAGAGAAAAAUAAAGAUUAGACCCCCAAAAAUAGAAGACCCAAAAAACUUCUCUGGUUCUUUUUUCAACAAAUAUUUCGAAAUCUAUGAUUAUGAUGAUUUCAUAUAAAUAAAUCCUCAGUACAACUAGAACACCCAGUGUGUAGUUUGUAUGGAGGAUUUAAAUCAAAAAGAAAUUAGUGUAACUCCUUGUGGUCAUAUAUUUCACUAUUAAUGUUUAAAGAAAUGGCUAAUGAGAAUCCUUAAUUGUCCCUCUUGUAGAUUCCAAAUCACUUAUUAACAGGUUAUCGAAGGAGGAUGGCUUGGAAGUAAGCUUUAAUAAAAUCCACUCUGUUAAUAAUCAAAUUGUAAAUCACAUUCAGGCAUUCAAAGAAGUAAUUCUUUGAUUGAAAACAACGAAAACGCUGAUAGCAUUCAAAUGGUUGAAAAAGGCGAUGAAAAUUGUAAAUGCGUAAAUAAAGAAUUCUGA